ACAGAAACCCAUUAAUUCAAUCCAAAGAUCAAGAGCUUAGAGAGAGAGAUGGGAGAAGUGAAGUUGUUGGGAGGGUUGGGGUAUAGCCCAUUUGUGAAUAGAGUGGAAAUAGCUCUAAAAUUAAAAGGGGUUGAAUAUGAAUCCAUAGCAGAGGAUGUGAAAAACAAGUCACCCCUUCUCUUACAACACAAUCCAAUUCACAAAAAAAUUCCUGUUUUGAUACAUGAUGGGAAGGGCAUUGCUGAAUCAGUGAUCAUUGUUGAAUACAUUGAUCAAGUUUGGGAAGGUCCACCAAUUCUUCCCAAGGAUCCUUAUCAAAGAGCCAUGGCUCGUUUUUGGGCCAAGUUCAUUGAUGAAAAGUGCAUCUCUGCAACGUGGAAAGCUUGUUGGAGUACAGGAGAGGAGCAAGAGAAGUCCAAGGAGGAAGCAAUGGAAGCCCUCAAGUUUCUUGAAGAUGAAAUCAAAGGCAAGAAAUUUUUUGGAGGUGACAAUAUUGGAUUUGUAGAUAUUGCUGCCAAUUUCAUUGGAUAUUGGGUUCCAAUCAUAUCGGAGGUUAAGGGAGUCCAUCUCAUUACAGAGGAAAAUUUUCCCAAUUUAUGGAGAUGGAUGAAUGACUAUUGCAAUGACAACUUUCUCAAGGAAAUCCUACCUAGCAAGGAUGCUCUAUUUGAAAGAUUCAAGUCCAUAUAGGUUCAUCCCAAUACUUGGUCGCACUUCAAUUCUAUUUGAUGCAAUCAUUUAUGUCUUCUACUUUAAUGAAUUGAGUGUGCAACAUUUGUGAUUUUGAUCAGUUAUACGAAGACUGAAGUAAAAUUCAAUUAAUGGUUUCAAUUUCUUCGAUUA